AUUUUACCUGGAAACACAUAUAGAAAAUAUGAUAUGUCACCAUAGAGCUGACAAAUGUGAAUUAUAUCUGUAAUGCUGUUUGAUCCAGAGGGAAAAAAACAAUUCUAGUAUAUAAUUAUCAAGCAUCAAUAAUUCAAGGAGCAAACAGUUCAUUAGUUAAUGUCGAAUAUCUGAAUCAAAUUGUUUGUUUUUUUGUUAUCUAGUUAUCUAAAUGAAUGCAUACGUUCAAAUUUUGGUUUGUCACACGCAGACAUGGAUAGAUUUCGUAUAAAUGUUUCUGGAACCAAAUUUGAAACCAGCAAGACAGCGCUGUUGACAUGGCCUGAUACGCGUUUGGGGAAAAUUGCUUUAUCAUCUACUUCUUCCGAAAAGAAAGAGCUAUAUUUUGAUCGACCUGCAACAGCAUUUGAAUCUAUUCUGACGUUUUACCAGACGCGGAAACUGCAUAUGCCACCAAACGUAUGUCCUAACUCGUUCAAGGAAGAAUUAGACUAUUGGCAGAUUGACUAUGAAUACUUAGACAAAUGCUGUUUAUAUUCGUUUAUUCAAUUUAUGGAUAUGCACACAGCUAGAGUAGAAUUCCAGUAUGAACAGAAUGAAACUUUAUCGAAAACUGUGGUAUCGAAAUGUUCAGCAGUGAGGAAUCGUAUUUGGAAAAUCAUAGACUACCAUGAGGCAACAUUAAUAGCAAAGUUGUACCUUACUGUUGGGAUUACUAUCGUGUUACUAUCAGUGGGAGUAUUGGCCUUGAGUACGUUGUCAGCCUUCAGAAGUCCCGUUCCACUUUGUGAGGCUUUUAAAUACAUGUCAUUUAGUGAGGCAGAAUGCAACAUUGCCACAGCAUACGCAGACCAAGACUGCAACAACCUUAAAGCGAAAUAUAAGGAAGACGAAUCCUACAUGUAUUAUAUGGACCCGUCUUUCUAUGACGAAGACCAAACAGAUAAUAAUGAAUCCCUUAAACAAAAGUUCGAACAAUUUCUGGCAAGAAAUCAUACAGGAGUUACUCAAAAAUUGAAAACAUUUGUCAAAAUUGACCACUUUUUUACAGCAUUCUUUACAGCUGAAUUUUUUAUAAGGCUGUCUGUGUGUCCUAAUGUGAAAGCUUUUUUCACAAGCAUCCUCAAUUUGAUUGAACUGUUCAUUUUAGUCGGAACAUACGUCGUAAUAGCGAUUUCAAAUUCGAAAUUAAGACCUACAUGUACUGAUUUAAUGAGUGUCAUUGAAGAUUUCAUGGAUUUUAUCAAAAUGAUUCGAGUUAUUCGGCUAUUGCGAUAUUGUCAAAAUUUGGCAGCAGUUCGCGUGCUUACCUUUUCGGUAAAGAAAAAUGUCAAAGAUCUUAUUUUACUUUUCUUUCAUAUAUCUCUCAUUGUGUUGAUCUUUGGAAACAUAGUGUACCUGUCUGAGGAUAGACACAACAUCGACAGUAUUCCACAAGGGUGGUGGCUUGGGGUCAUAACUAUAACAACGGUCGGCUUUGGUGAUGUGGUACCAACAUCUGUGGCUGGAAAGAUCAUAUGCUCCGCUUGCGCUUUAUGUGGUAUUUUGACUCUUGCACUGAUAACUUCUAUAUUUGUUGAAACUUUCAUGUCUUUAUAUGGUGUAGCACAGAUUGACACAGUAUCAAAAGAAGAUCGUAUCAGAAAGUGGGAUCAUUAUUCGAAGAAAAAUAGAGAAAAUGGAUAUCCUGAUUUCAUUGAAAUAAAGAAAACUAAGAUUUGAACUGAAGUAAGCUUUUAUUUCAACUUUCAAAACUUCAUUCUCUGUACAACUUAUGUUCGGAAACCAUUGUUACAAACCCCGAUUCAAACCAGUACAUACUUACAGCUAUCAUCUCGGAUAUUGCUAGUCACAGACUUUUUAAACCAGUUCGCAUUGGAAAAGAUGAAAAGGAGAAAAGGUCCUUUCUAAAACUUUCCUUUGCCAUCAAAGGGUCGAUGCCAUCAACUUGGGCAAUAUCCUUCAUCAUAAAUCAGUUCGAUCGAAAAUACCUCCUUAUUUUAAAGAUCAGUCUUUACCUAUCAUUUCUUAUACCUAUACCCUACCAAUUGCAACAAAAAUGUUCAAGUACAAACACGUGUUGCAGGAUCUCAAUAUUGACGACUUUAUGCACCAGUCCUGAGUCAGGAGCCUGUUGUUCAGUGGUUGUCGUGUGUUGGUGUGGUUUAUAAGUGUUUCUCGUUUCUUGUUUUUUAUAUAGAUUAGGCCGUUGGUUUUCCUGUUUGAAUUGUUUCACACUAGUCUUUUUUGGGGCCAUUUAUAGCUUGGUGUUCGGUGUGAGCCAAGGCUCCGUGUUGAAGGCCGUACUUUGACCUAUAAUUGUUUACUUUUUACACAUUGUGACUUGGAUGGAGAGUUGUCUCAUUGGCACUCAUACCACAUCUUCUUAUUUAUAUAAACCUCCUGAUUGCACCUGUGCUAGUUCCCCAUUCAUAUAUAAUCCGGCUGCCACGUUAUUACUGGUGACCUAAACAUUGUCGAUAACACUUCUCUGCGAAAUGUGUUAUCCAAAGGCCAGAAAUAUCGUGAGCCUAAAUCCAUCAAUUGAAAAUACAACUUCAAAAUACUGAUGGAUUCAGUCGAGGAUUAUGCCAGGCAAUGGGUUAAACGCGAAAAAGAAGACGUAGAUACUCUUUCAGAAUGGAUUAAGGUUGUGUGGUCGUUGAUACAAAUCAGAAUUAAAAAACUGAAUGGGUCUAUGAACACCAAUGCUACAUCAAUCUUUAAAGACCCAAAUGUUGCAAAACACCUAUCCUACUUCAACGACAAAUAUGUUGUUGUCCCCGCAAAUAAAGCCCCAAACAACAUAGUUUUUGUGUGUAAAUCACAUUAUAUAAACUGCUUGAUAAAUGAUUUAGGUAUUGACAAUUCACUUGGAAACUCAACAUAUACCCUCACGAAAAUUACCAAGGAGGAAAUCCUGGAUAAUCAUAGGUCUGUUCUAUGUUCCUUUGGAAUUUCAACAAAAGAUGAAGAACUGGAUCUUCCUUCACUGUGUUGGAUACCUAAACUACAUAAGUGUCCUUAGAAACAACGUUAUAUUGAUGGGUCUUCCAAGUGCUCAACGAAACCUCUUUCUAAAUUAUUAACAUCAAUUUUAUCAGCAACCAAAGCCGGGCUUCAAAGUUAUUGUGAAACUACCUAUUCUAGAAGUGGCGUGAAUCAGAUGUGGAUACUAAAACAUUCCAAAAUACAUACAAUCUAAGACUCUUUCAUCUUGCAAUAGUAUUAAAACAUUUGACUUUACUACACUUUACACAAGUGUUCCCCAUUCCAAACUAAAAGACAAAUUGAAAGAGUUGGUCAUGCUUUGUUUCAUAAAAAAAGAAUGGCUUACGUAGAUACAAGUUUCUUGACUUAAGGGGUUGGGGAUAAAUCGUACUCUGUAAAAAAUCACUCUGAUUCAUACAAAAAAUUCUCUGAAACUGACAUUAUCAAGAUGCUUGAUUUCUUGAUUGACAACAUAUUUGUUACGUUUGGAGAACGUGUUUUUCAACAAAAAAUCGGCAUUCACAUGGGAACCAAAUGUGCUCCUCUUCUUGCCGACUUGUUCCUUUAUUCAUAUGAGGCUGACCUCAUACAGGAACUUCUUAGAAAGAAGGAAAAGAAGUUAGCAGUAUCCUUUAACUUCACUUCGCUAUAUAGAUGAUGUUCUCUCACUAAAUAAUUCAAAAUUUGGUGACUAUGUUGAACGCAUCUAUCCCAUGGAACUUGAGAUAAAGGAUACAACAGAUACAGUUAAGUUUGCCUCAUAUCUUGACUUAUAUUUAGAAAUUUACAAUGAGGGUCGGUUGAAGACAAAACUUAACGACAAAAGAGAUGGUUUCAGGUUCCCAAUUGUGAACUUUCCAUUUCUAUGUAGCAACAUUCUAGCAGCGCCUGCAUACGGAGUAUACAUCUCCCACUUGAUACGAUAUUCCAGGGCUUGCGUUUCCUAUCAUGAUUUCCUUGAUAGAGGGUUGCUGUCCACAAGGAAGCUAUUAAACCAAGAGUUCCAAGUGGUGAAGUUGAAAUCAUCCCUUCGUAAAUUUUACGGACGCAAUCACGAGUUGAUCGUUAUGGAAUAUCUGUUUCACAGAUGACGACGGAUAUGUUCCAAUUGUCGUAACUACAAUCUCUUCCUAUUUCACCCGAAUGUGACUUACCAAAUUAGAUAUCACUGGGUUUGUACUUACAUGAGCUACACGACGGCUGCCACAUGUGGAGCAGGAUCUGCUUACCCUUCCGGAGCACCAAUAGAUCACCCCCAGAAUUUGGUGGGGUUCGUGUUGCUCAAUCUUUGGUUUUCUUUGUUUUUUUUGUGUACUGUUGUUUGUCUGUUUGCCUUUUUCUUUUUUAUCCAUGGCAUUGUCAGUUUAUUUUCGGCUUAUGAGUUUGAAUGUCACUUUGGUAUCCUUUGCCUCUCUUUAACGAAAAGCAUUGAAUAGUCAAAAACACGUAUAAAAAUAUCAACAUGAAUUCAUACCAGCUUUCUGGCUUUAGCAAUGUGAGUACAUCAAACUGUAUUUUGGUUUUUGCCUACAAGAGGGCUAGUCUGGAUGGUGGAUCCUUUAUUUCUGUAUUAUUUUUAUGCCAUUUUCUCUCUCCUUUAUUUUUGUAGCGCAUUAUUCUCUAUUUUUUAUUUAUUUGGUAUGUUUUUCUCUUUUCUUUAUUUUUUCGGCCCUUUUCCUGUAAUUUUUGCCUAUUGUUCUCUAAUCUGUGAUCCCCAUCCAGGCAUCCAUAUAUUGUUUAUAACAAUGUUUCAUCUUUGCACUAUUAAAAUGUUUCAAACUUUUCUCACAAGUUGUCAGUAUAGAUUUGGUUAAUGUGCUACAUAUGACAUAUGACAUUAUUCAUUUUCUAUUUUUAUCAAUACAUUGACAUUUAUUUGAAUACAAAUAGCUUUUCUCAUUAAAAGCUCUCUAAAAGUACUUUACUUUAUUUCUGAUUAUUGAAUCAUUAUUGAAUCAUAUUCUCAAUAAUGCACUUUUCAUAAGGAAUUGCCCUGUGUCAUUUUUUAUUAUGUUAUAGUUUGUAUAUUGUAUUGAGGUAAAUAAAUAACAUAAAAUUGAA